AUGGAGUCAUCAGAUUCAGAGUCGUUGAGAAAUGAAAAUGGGGAUUUUAACGUACUUAAAAUUGGAAUGGAAGUUUCUAGUGAAGAUGAAGCAUAUAGAUUGUACUGUGAGUAUGCUUUGAAGAAGGGUUUUAGUGUUCGAAAAGGAAAUUAUCGACAUGGGAGUGGUGGAGUAAUCAGGCAACGUGAAUAUUUGUGUGCAUUUUCAGGACAAUAUCGAUAUGGUGAUCCUUCCGAUCUGAAAAAGGUUAGAAGAUUGGUGACACGAAUGGGUUGUAAGGCUUCAAUUAGGUUUUCCAUUAUAAAUGGAAUGUGGAAGGUAAGUCAUUUCAGUGAUGAUCACAACCAUGAUUUUGUUGCUCCAGAAGAGAGACAAUUUUUAAGAAUAAAUAGAAAUAUAGAUUCUGCCAGUGCUAGCAUUAUUAAUUCUAUGGUUGAUGCUGGUAUAAAAGGGACAAAAGCCUACUCAUAUAUUUCAAAGGAAGUUGGUGGGUCUGAACAUGUUGGAUUUACUCAAAGAGAUUGUCACAAUUUUACCAAUGAAAAGAAGCAAAAUCUGAUUAAAAGAGGAGAUGCAUAA